GUAGUAGCAGAUAAGCACACAAAAUCAUAACCGAUUUGUUUCUGUUUUUUAAAAUGGAUCACAAUCCCAGCGACUGGAGAGGCGAGUUCGUUUGAUGGCGCCAAAAUUCUCACGCGCAACUCGGAGACUGUGAUCCACUCCCCGGAUUUUCCUGCUGUUUAAAGCGAUCGCACGCUCCCCCGCCUUCGGCGGCGAUUGAAGACGCCGAGCGCGUGACUUCUCCGUCUCCGUUCUAAAUUUUUAAUGCGAAAUUGUUCUCGGCCAUUAUCAAUUCAUUCAUGUGCGGCUUGCUGGAUUCGCGCACCGAACUUUAAGGAAGCGAGGCAGAAAGGAGGAUGAGUGAGUACAAGCGGUUUCAGCUCGGCACCAUUGGGGCUUUGAGCCUCUCUGUCAUUUCGUCUGUGUCAAUUGUGAUUUGCAAUAAGGCGCUUAUGAGCACUCUGCGGUUCAAAUUUGCUACAACUUUGACAAGCUGGCAUUUAUUAGUUACAUUUUGUUCACUCCAUGUUGCACUCUUGCUGAAACUGUUUGAGCAUAAGUCUUUUGAUUCAAGAACUGUUGUUGGAUUUGGUAUUCUAAAUGGCAUCUCAAUUGGAUUGCUAAAUCUUAGUCUUGGUUUCAAUUCUGUGGGUUUCUAUCAGAUGACGAAGCUUGCCAUCAUCCCUUGCACUGUACUACUUGAGACACUUUUCCUGAGCAAAAAGUUCAGUAGGAGCAUUCAGCUUUCUUUGUUCAUAUUACUACUCGGUGUUGGGGUUGCAACUGUAACUGAUUUGCAGCUAAAUGUGCUGGGCUCGAUCUUGUCACUCCUCGCAGUACUCACAACUUGCAUUGCGCAAAUUGUAUCCUUUGUCAUUUUUGAAUGUCCUUAGUUAUCUCCAUGUGUGCUUUAACAUUGAGUUUCAAAACUUUAUACACAGUAGUAAUCCCAGUUUCAACUAUCAACUCUUUUUCGAGGGUCAGUAAUCAUGAUAUCAUCUUUGUAUUUAGCUAGUAGCCUAAAAAGGAAGACAAGACAAUUACAUGGUUUUUUGUCAAUUAAACGUGUUCCUUAAAUUUGACGGGUUGGAACUUGGGACAUGUAGACAACUAAAUUGAGACGGGGAGUAUAUUUUUAUUUCUCAAACCUGAAGAGUUUGAAGUGCAUACCCCUAUUGUUUUCUAGGUAUUAAAAGUAACAUGCAAAUGAAUCACAUAUGGCAGUCUUAACAUGUUUUAUUUCAUCGUUUCGCUAAUUGGACAAUCAUUUGUGAACAAAAUUUCUUUACGUAA